UAAAAGUAAGUAACCACAACAAAUCGGUUUCAGUUUUUACAAGACCAGCAUCCAAAUAUAGAUAAAAGUCUACUAAAAUAAAAAAACACAUUAAAAACAAUUUUUAAGCAUAAAAUUAACAUUUAAAUAGUAAAAACUAAUAAAAAUGAAAAUAUUAAAAAUUUCUCUAUUAGUUCUAUUGCUGUUAAUUGGUGAUGCUGUUUGCGGCAAAUUGAAAUUGGUGGCAUUUAAAGGACCACAUGCCGGUUUUGUUGGUCUUAAAGUUCGUACUCCCAAAUUGUUGGGUUUCAAAAAACAUGGUCUUGGUUUCGGCCACGGUUUAGGUGGUUUUGGUGGACAUGGCCAUAAAGGUUUUGGUGGAGGCGGUUUCCACAGCAGCGGCUAUGAGCAUCAUGAAUAUCAUCACAGCGGCGGCAGUUUUGGCGGUGGCGGUUGGUUUGGCAAAUAAUUUAUUGUUAUUUUGAAUUUAUUUAAAUUAAUUUAAAAUUUUAGUUUAUAAUUUUAUCAUCGUUAUAAAAAAUCUACAUUUAGAAUAAAUAUCAUUUAUAUUUAAAUAAAAUA